AUGGUGAUACUCAGACAUGCUCCAGACCGAACCCUUCCCCAUCCGCAGACGCUGCGGCCGCCAUAUGAAUACCCGGCAUCCAUUCAUAUUCCCCCACCGCCGCCGGUGCCGCAGCAGCCGCGUUACCUUGCCGAAGGAACAGAUUGGGAUCUGAGUGUGGAUCCAGGCCUGCCGCAGUACCACGUCUCUCCCCUCACUCAACAUUAUCAGCAUUACCUGACCUCUCCACGACUGCAUCACUUCCCCAGGAACACCACCUCGGCACAAGUGGUUGUCCAUGAGAUCAGAAACUACCCUUAUCCUCAGUUACAUCUGCUGGCUCUCCAAAGCCUCAGUCCGUCUCGCCAUGCGUCUGCUGUGCGGGAGAGUUACGAGGAGCUCCUGCAGUUGGAGGACAGACUGGGCAAUGUGAACAGAGGGGCUGUGCAGACCACCAUCGAGAGGUUUACCUUUCCUCAUAAGUAUAAAAAGAGAAGACCUCUAGAGCUGAAGAUUGGCAUGGAUGAAGAGGAGCUCGACACGGAUGAGAAAUGCACAAUAUGCCUCUCGAUGCUUGAAGACGGAGAGGACGUCAGGAGAUUACCCUGCAUGCACCUCUUCCAUCAGGCUUGUGUUGACCAGUGGCUGGCAACCAAUAAGAAGUGUCCCAUCUGCAGGGUAGACAUUGAGACGCAGUUGUCCCCCGAUAGCUGAUGUCUCAUGUAGCACUAGCUAAAAAUCCUGUCGUCUUUCUUAGUCCCCUCGUGGGCACUUUGCCAAAUGUGUGUCAUCUCCAUCACCUCUCACCUCUGACCUUUGCCUUCUGAGCCAACUGACGAUGUAGAACGGGGAAGACGAAAAGCGCUGAAGACAGAGUCCAGCACAUGGAGAAGAACGAGUCUGUCGAUGAAGAUGGUUUCAGUCAAAGUGCUGUGAAUGUGUGUGUGUGAGCGCGUUUGGGAUGGUGAACACUACUCGUAACGUCUCAGAAUGAUCUCGGAUGAAGACCGACCAAAUGUUCUCAGUGUUCAGUAGGUCACGGAUGAAGCAUUACAGCAUGAGCACCACAAAGUCCAACAUA